CCGGUCACUUCCGGUGCCAGGGAGCGGCCGCGUUGUGUUGGAUGUCGGCGCCCUUCGAGGAGCGCAGUGGGGUGGUGCCCUGUGCCACGCCCUGGGGCUGCUGGUACCAGACGCUGGAGGAGGUGUUCAUCGAGGUGCAGGUCCCUCUGGGCACGCGGGCCAAGGACGUGCGGUGCCGCCUGCAGAGCCAGCGCCUGUCGCUCUCCGUGCAGGGCCAGGACGUGCUCCAGGGUAAACUCUUUGACUCUACAAUAGCUGAUGAAGGGACAUGGACAUUAGAGGACAGGAAAUUAAUACGUAUUAUUCUAACCAAGACUAAUCGAGAUGCUGGCAAUUGUUGGGCUUCUCUGUUAGAAAAUGAGUAUGCUGCUGAUCCUUGGGUACAAGACCAGAUGCAAAGGAAACUUACGCUGGAGAGAUUCCAAAAAGAGAAUCCUGGAUUUGACUUCAGUGGAGCAGAAAUUUCUGGCAACUACAGCAAAGGAGGACCAGACUUCUCUAGCCUUGAAAAUUAAAUUAUUACUUUCAACUGGGUUUAAUGAUACCUGAGAGAAUUCAUUUUAAACUGAAGGGUUUGUAGCUAAUGAAGACUUAAUUUAUCUACCCAGUGGAAUGUCUCUGAACCAGUUAGUCUCUAAUGUGCUACCCUGCCUUGCUUUCUCCCAAAUGGAAGGGGUCUAGGCAAACAGCAAAUGGUAAAGGGUUCCUGUUGACUUGUGCUAACUUGCUAAGAAGAUAAUGUGCACACUUGACAAGCAUAUUAUUUUAAAUGACAUAUAAACAAAUAUUUUUGGAGAAGUGCUCCAUAUUAAAUUGGAGUCACUGAUAUCAGGAAACCACUCUUAUGAAUGCAAGUUUUCAACAUCAGCUACCAUUUUCUUUUCAACAAUAAAUUCCACUGGUAAACCACUUAGCUGUGUGUUCCAUAACUAACUUCAAAAAGUAUGUUUGUGGCUCUUUCUGGGUAAGCAGCCAGCUGAUGAGUUAAGUUUGAUUCUAAAACUGGUGGCAGAAUGAAGAGUAUUACUCCAGGCCGUAGAAAUUCAGAUUUGACAUUCUGUUCAAGUGUCAUGCAUCACCAAGGGAUGAGUAUGAUGGUAUCAUGACUUGAGUAGAAGUACUUUUAGAUAUGCUUAGUGUCUAUAUAUUGAUUGUGUGAAGAGAACGUUUUGAUUUCUGAAAGGGUAGAACAAAAAGAGAUGGCCACACUUAAGCUGUUAACUUGUGUAUCUUACUGAAUAACGUGCCUGUGUGUAAGACAACUAAUGUGCACUCAUACAUUUUUGUAUGUAAUCUGAAUUAAAAAAUAUAAAUUUGUAA